AAUCCGUGCCCAUAUUUAUGUGUUUUAAGUUUUUGUUUUUUGUGCACUUUCUGCAUUUUUUUAUAUAGAUGUCAUGACGGGGCUUACGUAAUUCGGCAAUCGGCAGAUCGGCAGUUCGGCACCUUAGUCGGUCGAUUGCGAGCACAGAUUCACAUAAAGUUGAGCUGUAAUGAUUGUUUAACUGCUAAAAAAAGUUACAAGAAGUGAUAAAAAUUACUUUCAAAGAAUGGAAAAUCUACCAUUAAAAAAAAUUAUUGAUGUUUCUUGGCGAUUUGGAGUGACUGUAGCAAGUAGUGGCACAGACAAGAUCGGAACAAAUUUCAUGCAUCUGAAAAUCCUCUAUGACGAAGAGGGACAAACGAAGUCUAUUUUCAUAGAAAUGAGUCUGGCACAAUUUUAUAAAUUUUUGCAUGACUUGGAAAAAGCAAAACGUAGCUUAGAUAUUUUAACGUAAUUAUUAUUUAUGCAAGAUUUUGUUAUUCUUUUCAAUUACUGUUUAAACUUUAUUAAUAAAUUAUAAAAAUAUACAAAUUAACUUUUUACUUUAUAAAAAUUGCUUAGCCAUU